UUCUCUAGUUUCUCUCCACCGCGGUAAACACUAAACACACGUUUCAAUCUCCCCACAUGCUCUGCCAUCUCAGCUGACACCCACUCUCUGCGCUCUUAGUUCAAGGUCGGGUUCAGACUUCAAUCGAGGUGGAAUCCAGCGACGCUUCUGAUUGAACAAGACGAAGAAGAAGAAGAUCGAAAGCGAAAUUUGGGAUUUUGGGUUUCUUCUCUCUAUGGACCGGAAUCGAGAAAGUCGACAUCUUUGUUGAUGCCGGAGACGAGCAACGGCGGCGGGUGAUUAUACGUAAUAGUAAUAAGGGAGGAGCGGCGGCGGGAACCCCAUCGCGAGCGAGAUGCGCCGAGAGAUGCUUGUCUGGGUUCAUCCCAAAUAUUUCAUUCUCUUCACUGGCAUUCUAAUUCUGCUCAUUUUCGCCUUCUAUAACUCACAAACGGCUCAAGAGAAUAGAGAUGCGGAAUAUGAGAUCACUCAUAGAGUAUACUUGGAUAUUGAUAUUGAGGAGCAACGUUUAGGUAGAAUCGUUAUUGGAUUAUAUGGUCAGGUUGUACCGAAAACUGUAGAAAACUUCAGGGCAUUGUGUACAGGUGAAAAGGGCACGGGGACAAGUGGGAAGCCUCUCCACUACAAAGGAACACCAUUCCAUCGAAUCGUUUCAGGGUUCGUGAUCCAAGGUGGUGACAUAGUCCAUGGAGAUGGGAAGGGGAGCGAAUCCAUCUAUGGUGGUACAUUUCCAGAUGAGAAUUUCAAAGUAAAACACUCCCAUGCAGGCGUUGUGUCAAUGGUAAAUACAGGACCAGAUUCAAAUGGGUCGCAGUUUUUCAUCACCACCAUAAAAUCCAGCUGGUUGGAUGGAGAGCAUGUUGUGUUUGGAAGAGUAGUUCAAGGGAUGGACUAUGUAUAUGCAAUUGAAGGUGGAGCUGGAACUUACAGUGGGAAACCCAGAAAGAAAGUUUUCAUUGCAGACUCUGGUGAAAUACCAAAAAACAAGUGGGAUGAAGAAACAAGAUAACCCCCACAACCAAGAAAGUCCAUAAAAGCCCCCUGUUUUUUUUUUUUUUUUUUUUUUUUUUUUGUAGCUUUGUUCAAAUUCAUUACUUGCCUCUUUGUAUCAUCUGUUAUCAUCUUCACUAAUUAUUAUUCAUAUAAUCUUAAAUCUGCUAGAAAAAAAGAAACCAGCCCCUCUUCUCACUUAGAAAAUGUAUUCCAAGCUUCAUCUUUUUCUUCCCUUUUACCUUCUUCUGCCUCCCAUGAUUUUGGUUUUAAAUAUGUACUUUUGGAAAAUGUGAUUAAUAUAAACUUCCCAUUUAA